AUGCCCUUCAAAGUUGCCUACCUGGGCCCUGAGGGAACGUAUACACACCAGGCUGCUAUUCAGCAGUUUGGGAAUGGAGACGCAGAGUUGGUUCCACAGCCAACUAUCAAGAGCUGCUUCUCGCUGCUGGAGGAUGAAGAGGUGGACUUCUCUGUUGUGCCGUUCGAGAACUCCACCAAUGGCCAGGUUGCCCUCGCCUACGACUUGAUCUGUGAGUGGAUGGUAAGGAACCCAAACAGUGGGCUGAGAGUUGUAUACGAGCAAUUCGUCGCUAUACACCACUGCGUAUUGACUCAUUCCACUGAUAUGUCCAAGGUUAAGAAGAUCUACACCCAUCCACAGGCCUGGGGCCAAGUCACUAACUGGCUGUUCAAUCAUCCACACAUCGAGAAGAUCGAUACAAGUUCCACGUCAAAGGCUGCCGAGAUUGCGGCCGAGAUGGGAGACGGACACGCUGCGAUCUCCAGUGAAUACGCUUCAAAGGUCCACAACGUUCCAAUCUUGCAUAGAAACGUUGAAAAUGUCAAGGACAACACCACUAGGUUUCUAGUCCUGAGCAAGCAUCACCAAGUGGAACUGCCUCAGAAGUACAUCACGCUAUUGGCGUUUACAGUGGAACACGAGGACCCAGGUGCACUGGUGAAAGCGUUGCAAGUGCUCACUGACAAGAAGAUCAACCUGACCUCAAUCACCUCGAGACCGUCCAUUGAAACACCGUGGCACUACAUCUUUUUCAUAGAGUUCUGGAUAGAUCAAGAGAAGGACAAAUUUGAGCAAGUCGUCGAAGACUUCUCCAAGCAGUGUCUCAGCUCUGUAAUCCUUGGAAGAUUUGCCCGUUCCGAACGUUACUACGGUGGCAACUGA